ACUGCGCAUGCAUGGCUCCGGUGCUCAUCCAUGCCACCUUCCAGUGCCACAUCAGUGCCACAUUUCAGUGCCUACCAGUGCACAUCAAUGCCACAUAUCAGUGCCCAUCUGAGCUGCCUUUUAGUGUCACCCAUCAGUGCCAUCAGUGCCGCCUAUCAGUGCCAAUCAGUGCCGCCUAUCAGUACCGCCAAUCAGUGCCAUAUAUGAGUGCUGCCUUUCAGUGCCCAUCAGUGAUGCCUGUCAAUGCCCAUCAGUGCCACCUACCAGUGCCUCCUCCUCAGUGCCACCUAUCAGUGUCCAUCAAUGCAGCCUAUCAGUUCCCAUCACUGCAGCCUCAUUACGCACAUCAGUGA